AUGAGCGACAACAAAGCCCCUUCGCAGGCCGAUCCGGCUCAACCUCCAAGCCAGGGAUACGCAGAGAAGGCAGGACCUAUCGAUCCUGACCAGCACAGAGGUCUGCAGAAACUUCCCACGGAUGUUAAGAGCACGCUCGGCAAGAUCGAUGCACUGAUCCUGCAAUUGACAAGGACCAUCAAGACUACGGCUGGCUUUUCUGCGUCGCUGUCAUCCCUCAACUAUUCCCUCUACCUCCUCGCAUACCUCCACGCCCAGGCACCCUCACGCGCAACACUCAUCGCACGUCUGUCCAAGAUCCUUGGUCGCGAUGUCAAGCUGCCACCUAAGGCCCUCGCGCCGACUCCAUCUCCACUUCUGCCUCUCGGGCUGAUGGUGGCUGACUUCCGCACCACCCUCCGCCUUACAGGCCUCCUUUCGCUCUAUGUGCUCCUGAAGUCACUCCUCCUCCAGAAGGGCGGUGACCCACUCAAGCACAAGAUUCUCCUCGUCCAGUGCCUGGGCUACAUUGGCUUCCAAGCCACCGAGAACAUCCUCCAGCUCACCAACAAGGGCGUUCUCCAGCCAACCCUUGUCGCACGCCUAGGAGGCGCAGGCGGCGCAGCCAAUGUGAUGAAGUGGGCUUGCCGCUCAUGGCUCGUCGGUGUUGCCACCGACUUCUUCCGCCUGUGGCGCGAUGCCACCUUGAUGCGCGAGCGCAAGACUAGAGAGCGCGUCAGCCGAGAGGAGGAAGAGCAGUUUGAUGCCAAGUGGUGGGCGGAUCUACAGACUUGCACGGCUUGGCUGCCUGUGGCAAUUCAUUACAGUGUUGAAGGUGGUUUGACUGGGAUGAACCAGGGCAUUGUGGGCUUCUGCGGUCUCAUGGCUGGCUUGAAUAACUUCCGGGCUGCUUGGAAGGGAGCUGCUGCUUGA